AUGGCUUCAAAGGUGUCAUGUUUAUACAUCUUGACAGUAGUUUGUUGGGCAAGCGCUCUUUGGUAUUUAAGUAUAACUCGUCCUACUUCUUCCUACACGGGCCACAGACAGGUCAGCAGCAUAUCCAUAGCCAGAAAAAAUGUUUCCUUUGGCAACAUAAGAACUCGACCUAUAAAUCCCCAUUCCUUUGACUUCCUUAUCAAUGAACCCAACAAAUGUGAGAAGAGUGCCCCAUUUUUGGUCAUUCUUAUCAGUACAACUCAUAAAGAGUUUGAUGCAAGGCAAGCCAUUCGAGAAACGUGGGGAGAUGAAAACAACUUCAAAGGAAUUAAAAUCGCCACACUAUUUCUCCUUGGAAAAAAUGCAGAUCCUGUGUUAAAUCAAAUGGUAGAGCAAGAAAGCCAAAUUUUUCAUGACAUUAUUGUGGAAGAUUUUAUCGACUCUUACCAUAACCUCACUCUGAAAACACUGAUGGGGAUGAGGUGGGUAGCAACAUUUUGUUCAAAAGCAAAGUAUGUUAUGAAGACAGACAGUGAUAUUUUUGUAAAUAUGGACAACCUUAUUUAUAAGCUGCUCAAACCUAACACCAAGCCAAGGAGAAGGUACUUCACAGGUUAUGUUAUAAACGGAGGACCAAUAAGAGAUGUUCGCAGUAAGUGGUACAUGCCCAGAGAUUUGUACCCCGACAGCAACUACCCACCCUUCUGUUCAGGCACCGGCUACAUUUUUUCAGCUGAUGUAGCAGAACUGAUUUACAAAACCUCCCUUCAUACCAGACUUCUUCAUCUUGAAGAUGUGUACGUUGGACUCUGCCUUCGGAAGCUGGGCAUUCACCCCUUCCAAAACAGUGGCUUCAAUCACUGGAAAAUGGCCUACAGCUUGUGCAGGUACCGCAGGGUGAUCACAGUGCACCAGAUAACGCCAGAAGAAAUGCACAGGAUUUGGAAUGACAUGUCCAGCAAGAAACAUCUUAGAUGUUAA